AGCUGCCAGUAAUUGCCCCCACCCCUUUCCAUCACUUAGUUUUUCCGGGGUGAAAGGGCGCGGGCUCCGGGGCGGCUCCUCCUCCUCCUCCUUCUGCUUCUGCUGCUGCCGCCGCUACUGUCCCUGUCUAUUAGCCGUGCGGCUGAGACAUCAAGAGUGAGGCCCAGGACGGGCAGGAGCGGCUUGGCAAGGAACCCCCACAACUUCCUGCUGGAGUAGCGCCUAGCGGAGCGCUCAGGAUUGGCCCGGCUCCUAUUCUGUCCUAGCGGAGAGGCGAGGCAGCGUUGGAUACAAGGGGAGAGGUUUCCAGUUGGGUAUAAGGCUUUCUUGGGACAUCAACAGCAGACACUAUCUGACCUUCACAACGGCAUCAUCUUAAGUUCUUCUUCUUCUUCUUCUUAAUCAUCUUCUGUAGACAACUUUAUGGACCACUUUAAAGGCUUGAAUUUUAUGUACGAUUGCUCAGAUUGAUUUCGGCUUUCGUGUUGAUUGGGGACCACUGAGCUUUGUGGAUUAUUAUUAUUAUAAACCUUUGCUGGUGUGAAGAGGUUCACAGACUUCCUUAUAUGUGAUGUUAAUUUGACCAUUGUGGGAUAAGGGUUGUCUAAGUGGAAAUACAGAAUGCUGACGGUCUUCUCUAGAUCAUGAGCCACAUGCCUGCUCUGUGAAGAUGGGGCCUUAGUGUGGUCAAUAUGCCAGGACAUCACAGAGCUGGAAAAACCAUCGAAACUUCCUAAACACAUGCACAGAAGUGCACUGUGUACCCUGUAGAUCAAUUCUCAAACUUGUCUGCAGAGACCCUUCUGUUGUUUGGUGUCUAUUCUUUAAGUAGCAGCAUUUUCAACCCGAGGAAAGAGGAUCCAUUUAUCUACCGUCACCUGCUAUCACAAAUCUGGCAAACAUGUCUACCUCCUCCUUGCGCCGACAGAUGAAAAACAUAGUCCACAAUUACUCUGAAGCAGAAAUCAAAGUGAGAGAGGCCACGUCAAAUGAUCCAUGGGGUCCAUCCAGUUCCUUAAUGUCCGAGAUUGCUGACCUUACCUAUAAUGUGGUGGCAUUCUCAGAAAUCAUGAGCAUGAUAUGGAAACGGCUCAAUGAUCAUGGAAAGAACUGGCGGCAUGUCUACAAAGCCAUGACGCUAAUGGAGUACCUUAUUAAAACUGGCUCUGAACGGGUGGCACAGCAGUGUAAAGAGAACAUAUAUGCCAUACAGACCCUUAAAGAUUUCCAAUAUGUGGACAGAGAUGGAAAAGACCAGGGUGUUAAUGUCCGUGAGAAAGCUAAACAGUUGGUUUCGCUGCUGAAAGAUGAUGAAAGGCUAAAGGAAGAAAGAGCACAUGCGCUGAAGACCAAGGAGAAGCUGGCACAAACCUCCACAUCUUCUUCUGCGUCCUCCACCUUAAACCCGGCCCCAGAAGGAGAGCAAGCUUGGCCUCAAAGCAGCGGAGAGGAAGAACUCCAGCUCCAGCUUGCCUUGGCCAUGAGCAAGGAAGAAGCGGAGCAGGUAAGAGCAAAGCCCCCUCCUGUGUCCGAAGAGGAAUUGCAGCUACAGCUUGCCCUUAGCUUGAGCAAAGAGGAACAUGACAAGGAGGAGCGAAUCAAACGAGGAGACGACCUCCGGCUUCAGAUGGCUUUAGAGGAAAGCAGAAAAGGGGCACCUUCCAAACAGGAAGAGUCAUCCCUAAUGGAUCUAGCUGAUGUGUUCAGCCCCCCUGCACCAGUUGCUCCUACUGCAGACCCAUGGGGUGCCUCGGCUGCUCCCCCUGCAGAUCCAUGGGCAGGUGGAGCUACACCAGCUUCAGUACCAGCAGCAGCAGCAGCGCCUGACCCUUGGGGGGGCCCUCCAGUGGCUACAGGUUCAAGCUCUGAUCCAUGGGGAACCGGGGUACAAACAAACUCCACUCCUGGCGACCCCUGGGGUGGAACACAAGCUGUCACUUCAGCUGAUGUCAAGUCAGUGUCUGAUCCAUGGAAUCCAGGAGGUUCUGGCGCAACUACUGCCAUCCCAAGUGAUCCCUGGUCCUCUAGUCCACCAGUGGCUCAAUCUGUGAAGAAAGCUGCAGAUCCGUGGGCCCCACCUGCAGCUUCAUUUUCUGAUCCUUGGGGUGGAUCACCUUCGAAACCAAACACGAACGGGACAAUGGCCAGUUCCACCUUUGACCAGUUCGUCAAUCCUGCAGAUAAAGACGAGUUUUCGGAUUUUGACACCUUGAGGAAUGCUCUCCCCCAGUCAGGAAGCAGCACAGGUGAGCUUGAUCUGUUGGCAGGAGAAGUCCCUAUGUCCCGUUCUUUGGGAUCAAAGAGCCCCGACGCCUUUGACAUGAGCACUAUGAGUGGCUCACUGUGUGACUUCUCCAAUCCAACCCGAAAAACACCCGAGUCCUUCCUGGGACCGAACGCUGCCCUUGUUGAUUUGGAUUCUCUAAUUUCUAAAUCCACAUUACAGAAUACAAAGACCUCCAACCCUUUCCUUGUUACAGGAACACCCAAUCCAACCGCAACAAAUCCAUUCCAGCCCAACCAGCAGUCAUCUCUUACUCUGAACCAGCUGCGAUCGAGCCCAGUGAUGACCUUGGGACAGCCAGUUACCCCAGCUGGUCAAACGCCUGCAACCAUUCCUUUCGCUUCCCCCAUGAUGUCCGUUUCUCCUAUGGCCCCUGGAAUUCCUCUAGCAAAUAUGGCACCAAUGGUUGGAAUGCAGCCUAUGGCUGGAGUACCAGUUGGUACUUUGGCUCCUGGUGUACCUGGUAUGGUUUUGCCACCUAUGAUGCCACCGCAGCAGUUGGUUGCACAGCCACUUCUCCCAAAUUUAUCAACACAAGCUGUGACGAGUACUACUAAUCCUUUUCUGUUAUGAGGUGCGGUGAGUUUGUAGAGGUGAUGACCAGGUGUGAUGGGUCUAGAAUGUUGAUCUUUUACAACUACUACAGAAACUCCCCGUAUCCUCACAGCCUUGUGUGAGCAGCAAAAUGUUUUCUGGUGUCUGCUUCUCUUUGACUGUGCCUCCAAACACCAAGAAUUAGUAUUGAUCCCUGAGCAGUACAGCAACUGGAGUUUGGGUAGAAGAUCAUUAUUCAAUUUUGCAUUCUGCAGAUCGAUUAUCAUGAGAACUAUGCCCGAGCCCUGCAUUGAUCCCCUUUUACCCCAUUAAUUAACUGUUAUCUAUGAUUGUAACCUGUCUUGUUUGAUUUUCCCCUGGAAUUUUCUAAGGGCCUCCCAGGUUUGGUGCAAGUGUCCCUUGCAUCUUUUAAUCCACAGCUCCCCUGGCACUAAGGCUUCUAUUUACUUCUUCCCAUCGUUCUUGCAGUGGAGCCCGUAACAUCUCUUUUCAAGUAUUAAAGAGCAACUGCAGACACAUGCUUCCUUUCCAGUAUGUCAGAGGCAGUUUGUUUGAUAUGAACUCAGUAGCCGACAUUAUAGGCUAUCGGUUUUUUUUAAUACCACUCUUUGGUGCAUAGCACUUUCAUCACAGUUAUGCCUGAGUUUGGGAUAUGUACUGAAUAAAACACUAAAAAGUGAACUUUCUGAAACCCAAAAAACGAUUGAAGUUAUCUUUUUUUUUUUUUUCCCAACGGAUCUGAAUAUUGUGCUUGCUGGCCAGUUCUUGUUCAUGGAAACCGUUGGCUAUGGCCUGACUGCGGAGCUGCUCCGGCUUUAGAUCCAUAUAAAUAUGAAUGACACAGCUGCAACAUUAUAAGUCAAAAAGUGUUAAAAUAGAUUGAUAACCA